AUGACCAAGAUCGCUAUCAUCUACUACUCAACCUACGGCCACAUCGCUACGAUGGCCGAGUCCGUCAAGAAGGGCGUCGAGUCUGUGGACGGCGUCACUGCCGAGGUCUACCAGGUGCAGGAGACGCUCUCCGAGGAGAUCCUGACCAAGAUGCAUGCGCCGCCUAAGAAAGACCACCCGGUGGCCACGCCCGACAUCCUCAAGAACGCAGACGGCGUGUUGCUGGGCUUCCCCACUCGUUUCGGCAGCAUGCCGGCCCAGGUCAAGGCGCUAUUUGACGCCUGCGGAGGCCUCUGGGCUGGUGGCGCGCUUGUGGGCAAGCCCGCUGGCAUUUUCUUCAGCACGGGCACCUUGGGAGGUGGUCAGGAGACCACGGCUUUCACCUCUGUGACUUUCCUCACUCACCAGGGUAUGACCUUUGUGCCACUUGGCUACCGCAGCCCGCUGCUCUUCAACUUGGAAGAGAUCCACGGCGGAUCUCCGUGGGGCGCCGGCACCAUCGCCGGCGGCGAUGGCUCUCGCCAGCCAAGCCAGCUCGAGCUGGACGUUGCCAAGGUCCAGGGCGAAUCUUUCGCUGGCGUGGCCAAGAAGCUCUCAGCCUAA